GAGGGGGAAGGGGCGUGGCCAGGCGAGGCGAGGGGGAGUCCAAAGGCCGUUAUAGGGGAGCAGAAGGACUGAAAGAGGCCUUUUUCGACCGAGUGGAGCUGCAAACUUUGUUCCUACGUACCACACCUCGGAUGCUUUUCAGUCCCAGCUUCUUGUGUCUUCUGCGUGGUGCCCCUCGUCUCCUCCAUUGCGCUGCCAUGAGCACUGUCACUGGUACAUUCCAGCUGGAGCAUGCCCUCAACUACCGAGAUGGCGCCCGAACUGAGCCAGCAGAUGGGGACCACAUGGAGGAGACCUAUGAGCCCGCAACUGGCAGAGUUAUUGGCAAGUUUCGCUUCUCGGGAGAGAAGGAGGUAGAUCUGGCUGUGCAGAGUGCACAGGCUGCCUUUAAAAUAUGGAGCCAGAAAUCAGGCAUGGAACGGAGUACUAUCCUACUGGAGGCUGCCAGGAUUAUCCGGGAGCGGAGGGCAGAAAUUGCUACAAUGGAAACAAUAAAUAAUGGAAAGUCAAUCACUGAAGCCCUUGUGGACAUUGACGUAUCUUGGCAGAGUCUGCAGUACUAUGCUGGCCUAGCUGGCUCCAUGGCAGGUCAGCACGUCCAGCUCUCUCAAGGAUCCUUUGGUUAUACCAGAAGAGAGCCUCUUGGAGUGUGUGUUGGGAUAGGAGCUUGGAACUACCCUUUUCAGAUUGCCUGCUGGAAGUCAGCUCCUGCUUUAGCCUGCGGUAAUGCCAUGGUUUUCAAGCCUUCGCCCUUCACCCCAGUGUCUGUUCUUUUGCUGGCGGAAAUCUACAAUGAAGCUGGUGUUCCCAAGGGGCUUUUCAACGUGGUGCAAGGUGGAGCUGCCACAGGCCAGUUUCUAAUUCAACACCCAAAGGUCGCCAAGAUCUCUUUUACUGGGAGUGUGCCAACAGGCAGCAAGAUUAUGGAGAUGGCAGCUAAAGGAGUAAAACCAGUUACUCUGGAGUUAGGGGGCAAGUCCCCCCUCAUCAUCUUUUCUGACUGUGUCUUUACGAAUGCUGUGAAAGGAGCGCUCAUGGCCAAUUUCCUUUCCCAAGGCGAGGUUUGCUGUAACGGUACUCGAGUAUUUGUACAGCGUGAAAUCCUGGAUGCUUUCACCAACGAAGUUGUGAAAGAAACCCAGAACAUCAAAAUUGGUGACCCUCUCCUGGAAGACACAAGGAUGGGAGCCCUUAUCAACCGGCCCCACCUGGAGAAGGUGUUGAGUUUUGUGAAACAAGCAAAGGACCAGGGUGCACAGGUACUGUGUGGUGGGGACCCAUAUGUACCAGAAGAUCCCAUGCUUGCUGGUGGCUUUUACAUGACUCCUUGCGUGUUAGGCAACUGCAAAGACAGCAUGACAUGUGUAAAAGAAGAGAUUUUUGGCCCUGUCAUGUCCAUCCUGCCCUUCGACACAGAAGAAGAAGUUCUGGAGAGAGCCAACAACACUCGUUUUGGCCUUGCAGCAGGGGUCUUUACCAGGGACAUCCAGAGGGCCCACAGAGUAGUUGCUGGUCUCCAGGCUGGGAUGUGUUUCAUCAAUAAUUACAAUAUUAGCCCUGUGGAACUUCCCUUUGGAGGAUACAAGAUGUCAGGAUUUGGCCGAGAGAAUGGGGAAGCGGCGAUUGAAUAUUAUUCCCAACUGAAGACUGUCUGCGUGGAGAUGGGCAAUGUGGAAUCAGUGUUUUAGUGAUACUCUGGUUCAGUCAACUGCUUCCAGCUAGCAAUCAAGUGAAGUGCCAUAUACUGUGGAAAUGACCUGGAGUGUGUGACAAUAUUACUGUCUACCUCCAUUUUGAAUUUUGUUAUAUCACUCUGCUCUUUUCUCUUGAACUUACUAUGCAGAAAGGCAAAAUAUCCAAUUGCUAGACAGCAAAUGUUCCUCCUGGUCUCUGUUUCUGCUUGUCAUCUUAAUACCUUGAAGUUGUAGGCAAUAAGUGAGUGUAUGUCACAAAAAUGAUUGUAUCUAUGCUGCUUUUUCUAGAUGAGCACUUUUAAAAGCAAAUAAAAAUCCCGGAAUUAUCACUUGUAUAAAA